AUGGCCUUCAAUCGUAUAUUCAUUGUCAUUGCGAUAUGUCUAGCAUCUCUUGCAAAUGCCGUGGCAACCACCGGCCCUGAAGGCGGCGUCAACAAUUCCACCGGGCAGAGACCUUUUCGACAAGAGUUUUCUACCUUUAAGGAAUCAGGCCCAGCAUUUGACCUCUAUAUUCUCUCUCUACAAAAGUUUCAGCAGCAAAACCAAUCUGCUCUCCUGUCUUACUAUCAAGUCGGAGGCAUUCAUGGACGCCCCUACAUCGCAUGGGAUGGCGUUCAAGGUCCCUAUCAAACAGGUUACUGCACACACAGCUCUAUCCUGUUCCCAUCAUGGCAUCGACCCUACAUGGCACUCUUCGAGCAAAUCCUUUGGAAAUACGCGCAGCAGAUCGCCACAACGUACCCAACAGCCCAGCGAAGCACGUAUCAAGCCGCCGCCACCACCCUCAGGGUCCCAUACUGGGACUGGGUUCUCAACGCUACGAUGCCCGAUCCAGUCAAUAGUCCUAUGAUCAGUGUGAACUCUCCGCAUGGUGUCACGAACAUUGUCAAUCCAUUGUACAAUUACACCUUUCAUCCUCAGCCUUCUGCUGUAGAUUUCCCGCCCAGUGACGGCAUGAUCGCGGAGUAUCGCAGCACCGUGCGCUAUCCAAGUUCCAGUGGGCAGAGUCAACCAGGUCUAGCCAACCUGCAGCUCGAGGCCAAUGCUCAAGCCAUUCACGACGCGACUUAUCAAUUGAUCGCCGACCAGUCCAACUACGCACCGUUCUCGAACACUGGAUACACCGACGGCCGAGGCGGAUCCUACAACUCCCUCGAGAACAUGCACAACGCUAUCCACAGCCUGGUCGGAAACGGAGGACACAUGGGUUUCAUCCCAUACGCAGGCUUUGACCCCAUCUUCUGGCUGCACCAUGCAAACGUCGACAGGCUCUUUGCCAUCUGGCAAGCAAUGUACCCCGAUUCCUACACAACAGCCGAGGCCGACGCCGAAGGCACUUUCACCAACGCUCCUGGCGAGACCGAAGACGUCAACACGUCACUGACACCCUUCCACUCCGACAGCGCAGGCACACUCUACACAUCCGCCUCGGUGCGAUCGACUCGUCCGUUCGGGUACACCUACCCCGAAGUCGUCGACUGGGGCGUCAACGCCAGCCAGCUGUCCUCCAACACCAGAACAGCUUUCAACAAACUCUACAACCCAUCCGGCAGUCUUCCAACACGAUCCCUACUCAACAAGCGAGACGACCCCACAGCACCCCACACGAACACCACAGAGUAUGAAUACUCCAUCAACAUCCGCGUUCCAAAAGCAGCCCUCAACCGCCCCUUCUUCAUCCACUUCUUCCUCGGCCCCGUGCCCCCAACCCCCCUCACCUGGUCCUUCGCCCCCACCCUCAUCGCCUCCCAAUCCAUCCUCUACCACCCCACCACCACCACCACCACCCUCACCUACGGCCAAAUCCCCCUCACCCGCGCCCUCCGGCGCUCCCACCCCACGGCCCCGCUCGACCCGCGCGCCGUCGUCCCGCUGCUCGCGCGCCGGCUCCGGUGGGCCGUGCAGGAUUUCUCGGACCGGGUUGUGCCGACGGUGGAGGUGGGGGGGUUGAAGGUUUUUGUGGUCGGGAGGGCCGUGGUGGGGGGGAGGGGGGAGGGGGCGGAUGGGUUGACUAGGUAUGGACCGUAUACGAUUUAUAGGGCCGCGACGAGGGGGAAGGUUGGGGGGUUGCCGGAUGGGGAGGGGAUGUGA